CUCGUUUACUUAAGAAAAUAUCUGUUUUUUUGUUUCAGUAGUCAUUGUUCUUGGUGACUCCUUGUUGGCUGAGGGCUUUAAUAUAAGACUCGUCAGCAGUGAUGCCGUCUGUUCUGGCAGAGUGGAAGUCUAUCAUAAUGGUCAGUGGGGAACAGUGUGUGAUGAUGGUUGGGAUAUGAAUGAUGCGGCGGUGGUGUGCAGAGAGAUGAGAUGUGGCAGAGCGGUCAGCGCCUAUGGGAGCGCUCACUUUGGACAGGGAAGUGGCCCAAUACUUCUGGAUGAUGUUGAUUGUUCUGGAAGUGAAAGCUCCAUCACAGCAUGCAGCCAUAAUGGAUUUGGCUCUCACAACUGUGGUCACAGUGAAGACGCUGGUGUUAUCUGCUCAGGGCAAAGUGGGAUCAGGCUAGUGAAGGGAAAAAGAAGCUGUUGUGGUAGAGUGGAAAUCCAGUACAAUUACCAGUGGGGAACAGUGUGUGAUGACAACUGGGACAUCAAUGAUGCAGCGGUGGUGUGCAGACAGAUGGGAUGUGGCAGAGCGGUCAGCGCCCCUCACAGUGCACACUUUGGCCAGGGAAGUGGAUCAAUAUGGCUGGAUGAUGUUGCUUGUAGUGGAACUGAAAGCUACUUAACUGCAUGUUCAAACAAUGGAUUUGGAACACAUAACUGUGGACACGGAGAAGACGCUGGAGUCGUGUGUUCAAACAUUAUACAGACUCCCAUGCUCACCCUGACGUCAUCUCAUUCUGCUGUCUCGCCUGGGGAGGCUAUUCAGUUCAGAUGCAUCUCGCCAAACCCAACCUGCAUCUCUGUAGACUUCCAUUUAUACAGGAAUGGGGAAUCGAUAAAAUCCCAAACAGCUGAAUCCUUAACAACAUUUGAUUUGACUGUGGAUUCAUCACAUCAGGGUCAGUACAGCUGUGACUAUUCAUACCAGAGAAGUAGCUCCAGCACAUCCUCCAGAAGCAGCUCUAUUGAUAUCACUGUGGUGACUCUACCUGCUCCAAGCAUCUCUCUCAGGCCCACCAACAAAGUCACAUGGGGACAGAAGGUUAACAUCACCUGCUCUGUAGAAACCCAGUUCACAGGUGGAUCCUUCACUCUGAUACAGAACUCUGGGUCAUUUAGAGAGACCAAGAGUGGAACCUCUGUCGCCUUCAGUUUACCAAAAGUGGACUUUGUUCAUGAGGGGUCUUACUACUGCCAGUACCAGACCAGAGUGUCAGGUCGUGAUUUCAGCUCUCCACACAGCAGUUCUGUUCAUUUCACUGUUGUAGUGACUCUACCUGCUCCAAGCAUCUCUCUCAGCCCCAACAUUGUCAUAUGGGGAGGGAAGGUUGACAUCGCCUGCUCUGUAAAAAGCCAGUUCACAGGUGGAUCCUUCACUCUGAUACAGAACUCUGGGUCAUUCAGAGAGACCAAGAGUGGAACCUCUGUCACCUUCAGUUUACCAAAAGUGGACUUUGUUCAUGAGGGGUCUUACUACUGCCAGUACCAGACCAGAGUGUCCAGUCGUGAUUUCAGUUCUCCACAGAGCAGCUCUGUUCAUUUCUCUGUUGUAGUGACUCUACCUGCUCCAAGCAUCUCUCUCAGUUCCACCAAAGAGGUCACAUGGGGAGAGAAGGUUAACAUCACCUGCUCUGUAGAAACCCAGUUCACAGGUGGAUCCUUUACAGUGAUACAGAACUCUGGGUCAUUUAGAGAGACCAAGAGUGGAACCUCUGUCACAUUCAGUUUACCAAAAGUGGACUUUGUUCAUGAGGGGUCUUACUACUGCCAGUACCAGACCAGAGUGUCCAGUCGUGAUUUCAGUUCUCCACACAGCAGAUCUGUUCAUUUCUCUGUUGUAGUGACUCUACCUGCUCCAAGCAUCUCUCUCAGUCCCACCAAAGAGGUCACAUGGGGAGAGAAGGUUGACAUCACCUGCUCUGUAGAAACCCAGUUCACAGGUGGAUCAUUCACUCUGAUACAGAACUCUGGGUCAUUUAGAGAGACCAAGAGUGGAACCUCUGUCACCUUCAGUUUACCAAAAGUGGACUUUGUUCAUGAGGGGUCUUACUACUGCCAGUACCAGACCAGAGUGUCCAGUCGUGAUUUCAAUUCUCCACAGAGCAGCUCUGUUCACUUCUCUGUUGUGGUAGCUCUACCUGCUCCAAGCAUCUCUCUCAGUUCCACCAAAGAGGUCACAUGGGGAGAGAAGGUUAACAUCACCUGCUCUGUAGAAACCCAGUUCACAGGUGGAUCCUUCACUCUGAUACAGAACUCUGGGUCAUUUAGAGAGACCAAGAGUGGAACCUCUGUCACCUUCAGUUUACCAAAAGUGGACUUUGUUCAUGAGGGGUCUUACUACUGCCAGUACCAGACCAGAGUGUCCAGUCGUGAUUUCAGUUCUCCACAGAGCAGCUCUGUUCAUUUCUCUGUUGUAGUGACUCUACCUGCUCCAAGCAUCUCUCUCAGUCCCACCAAAGAGGUCACAUGGGGAGAGAAGGUUGACAUCACCUGCUCUGUAGAAACCCAGUUCACAGGUGGAUCAUUCACUCUGAUACAGAACUCUGGGUCAUUUAGAGAGACCAAGAGUGCAACCUCUGUCACCUUCAGUUUACCAGAAGUGGACUUUGUUCAUGAGGGGUCUUACUACUGCCAAUACCAGACCAGAGUGUCCAGUCAUGAUUUCAGUUCUCCACAGAGCAGCUCUGUUCACUUCUCUGUUGUAGUGAACUUGCUUCAGCCCAAUAUCUCCCUCAUUGCUCCUGAUGGAUGGUUUCACUGGUGGCUUCAAGGGUCACAGGUGAUGAGUGGCCACAGCUUCUUCAUUAUUUGCUCCACCAAACCACAGUAUCCUGGAGGUUCCUUCCAGUUGGAGUUCAGUGGAUCCAAUAUCACCAGAACUCAGUCAGCUGUUAACCACUCAACCACCUUCUUCUUUCCUGAGGCAGAUUUUAUCCACCAGGGAAACUUCAGCUGUGUUUAUGAAGUCACUGUGUCUUCACGCACCUGUAGCUCUCCUACCACUGAACUCUUGGUUGUUACUGUGAAAGCAUCACUGGCUCCAUUCAUUGGUUCUGCCGUGGCAGCAGGACUGUUACUCAUAUUAGUGCCAAUCAUCAUUUUCUUUACAAAAAGAUGUAAGAAACUAAAAGAUCAGACAGCUGUGAAGACAGGUCAUAGACCUUGUGCCAAAAACACAUACAAGUUUACCAGAGGAAGGAAUGAAAUGGAUGAUGAAGUUUACAAGAAUGUAGAAACUGUUUUUCACCAGAGAGAAGAUUCAGUUGAUUUUAGUGAGACCUACAUUAAUGUAGGCGCUGAGGGGAAUGUGGGCAAUGCCCAUGAAGGGAAUGAGAUGGACAACAAAGAUGUUUAUGAAAAUGCAGAAGACGGUGUCCACCAGAGAGAGGAUUUAAAAUUCUCUGAUGACAUCUACAUCAACACAGAAGCAGAUGCAAAUAAAAUGGCUGUGGACAACGACUAUGAGGAAGAGCAAAUUUAUGCAAACAUGAAUUAGUGUGGAAAACUAAACAAUUUCAAUGAUUUAGUGUCACUUUCAUGCAAACACACUUUAAAUGUAUAAGGAUAGUCAUUCAGUCAUUUAUAAAGGGGAGGGGAGACCAGGUGCCAUAUUACAGACAAGUCCUCGAUCUGCUUUGUUACUAUGGCAACUUCAGUUAAGACUGAAUGUAGGACAGAAGCUAUUACAGAACAAGUUCUUAAGUCUAUAAAUUUAUUUCCAGAUAAGAAAACAGUAUUACAGAAUCAUCCUCAGUUGCUAACUUUAAGAAAAACCCCAGAGAGUUUCAAUUGUUUUAUGCAGUGUCAGGCAGCACAGUUCACUAUAACCAGCAUAAUGAGGCUACAUUUCUCUACACUGAAAACGGUGCUGUGACUUGUUUUCUUUCCAACAGCGUUUUAAAAAAUCUCAGAUGCUGUAGACUCGAUCUCCACCGUCCCUCUUAUUACCUUCAUGUGUCAACAUUGAUGAUAAAAAAUGACAGUGAUGGUGGUGAAUAAUGGAGACGGAGCUGAACGUGUGUCUGUUUAUUAGGAGGACAUAACUGUAGCACUUGGCUAAAGCAUUUGGGAAAUGAAACAAACUGAGAGCAUCGACUCUGAUAAACGGCACGAAGCGCUGACACAAUAUUCUUAACUUUCAUUUUCUCGCACUUCAGUUUGUUUGACGUUCUUGACACCAGUAACGAUAGGCAAUGUUAGCUGAUAUGUAUAUAUGUAUAUAUAAAUGCUGAUAAACAUGUUUUUACAUUUCAGCUGUGCACAGUUGUGAGGUAUUUUGAUCAAGUAAGUUAAGAUUUCCUAACUUGAGAUAAGAAAAGAUGCUGUGAGAAGGUUCUUUAAUUAAGAUCAGAUUUGUUUCUGUAAUACGAAUUUGUGAAAAUUCUUGACCUGUCAGAUCUUAAGACAAAAAAGAUCAUUUUCUGGCAUACGGCCCAAGAACCGUAACACUUUUUGCUACAGCCUCUGAAAUUCUGAAAUAAGAUAUUUGUCUAGCAAUGGUAAAGAAACCCUCUACAUAUUCACACAUUGAAUAUGUUUAUGCCGAAUACAAAAAGUAAUAGGAAGUAUGGCCACAAAGCAGUAUUUAUCGGAAAAAUGAAUUAAGUGAUAAGUGCAUUUUAUUUCCCUUUUAUGUUAUUUAAAUUCAAAGCAGGAACCACACAGAACUUGCAUUGAAAUCAAACCUAUUAGUGUGGGCUGAAACAUUUUAAAUACAUAAAACUAUAUAUUUUGCUAAUGACCCAUUUACACAAAUUACGUUUUUUGGGGGGACGAUUUUUAAAGUAGUGGAAAUUAAGGCUACUUCUGCUACGAUUCCUCUCCUUCCCCAGAAAACUGUGGAAUAAGGAAAUCAGGAAUAACAGGCUAAAAUAUGUUGUGUGUGUGUUGCUGCGAGUCACCCUGUACAGCCUAAAAUAAUUAUUUAAUAUUCAGAACCACUGAGUCAGGAGUUUUUCAGACCAUAUCUUAUAUAUUUACGUACUAAUGUGACAAACAGAGGAUCAAGAAGAAGGUCUGUCUCGAUUUUCAAAUGCAUCCUAGGCUUUGGAACACAGCUACAGUCAGGCAAUAUGACAAUAUCAGUUGUCUGUUCGGUCACUAUUAAGAGAAUAGAAUAGAGAAUAGAAUGCAACCAUGACAAAGGAUCUGUGAUUGGUCAGCUUUUCUUAAAUGCAUCCAUACAUUGUACAAAAAAUUACAGAUUGUUAGAACAGUCAGUUUUAGGCUAAACAUAAAAUUUAAUGUGAGUAAUAAGUUUGCAUAAAUAUUAUUUCAUAAAACGUUUUCCUAUAAAUCAAUAAUGUGGCCACUUGUACAACAGUGAUAUUAAACUAUAUUUGAUUGCUGAAUCUAUGCUAUCGUGAAGCAUGAAUAUAGUUAUUUUGGACUAAUUAUAAUAGCCUGCUUGAGAGACGUGUGGCUAUUUCAGCCAUUAUAUCAAUAAAAUUAAAUAAAAUUAACUGCCAAACACUAGAGGGCACCUACAAGCAUGUCCUGAAUGAUUGGGUGAGUGGAGCUUAAAAAUGAAAAAUUAAAUCAUCUAUGCAUGAACUUCCUGAUGUUCUGUAUUAAAACAAUCCUGCAUUUACAAAGCACAAUUUUGCUUGAGCUCGUUUAUAACCCAUUCAUUUGGACGUCCUCCAGAGCGCCCUCACAUUACUCAGCAACAAUUCUCCUACUAGAAAUUCUCUCCUAUGACUGUUAAACUGGUGUAACCGUAUUGAUGAAUAGAUCAGUACAAUGUCAUUUUUUUAGAAUUAUAUGUUUAUAAGGAAAUUCUGUAGUUGUGUCAUUUAUAUAAAAUGGAUUCCAUAGGUACCUAACAAUAUAAAUCCACUAAGAUAAACAAAGGCCGCUUUAAAAAAGGGCUUCUUACUGUCUUAAACACUGCAAUGUAAUAACACAUGUCCAGCACAUGCUCAAGAUUUCACACCU